CUUUUCUCGCGCCUUUACACCGAACAUCAACUUCCAACCACCGUCAGUAGAUUGGCGACAAAGUGAUCGAGAACAUCUCGUAGUGAAUCCAUCCUAAAGUUGACCAUUCUUUCUGGUGCUCAUAAAGUGAUCAAGGGAAGAAAAGGAUAGACAGCCAGCCAGCCAGCCAGCCAGCCAGCCAGCAUCAUGAAGUUGUCACUUUUGACGACGGUGUCACUCUACUUGUUUGCCAUUCACCUCAUAUUUGCCACAAAUGGAUUGGGCUUAAGGCCGCAGAGCUCGAUGAAACGCCUGCGGCGUCUACUGUCCCCUCAACCUCGCUAUCCCCUUUUGCUCCCGCCCAUCAGGGGUCAUCAAGAAUCUAGGGAUGCUAACAAAACGCCCAGUUUUGGUGGUGGUAAUGGUGGGGGUAAUGGCGGAGGGCGGACCAGGAAACGAGGACAUCGCACCAUCUCGCCCAGAAAGAGAACUCGACCAAGUCUGAAAAAAUCGCUCCAGCAGCAGCAACAACAACAGCAACAACAACAGAAGCAUCAACAGAAAAACGCCAACGAGAAUCGCUUGCCGUACGAGCAUAUCUUGCGAGCUCGUUAUCGCGACUAUGAAGAUCGAGAGCGACGAAACCAGAAACUCCGACUUCUGGCUGAAGAGAACGACAAGAAGAAGAAGAAGAAGGCUUUGCUGCAAAAGGAGUCAGAGUCGCUGAAUAGCCAAUACCAUCACGGUAACUACCCAAACCCUAACCGACAGACCUAUCAAGACACUGCCCAACCGGCUUUGACUCAGGACGACCAAGGCUUAAGCUAUCCCGAGUUCGAUCCCUACGCGGUUCCCAUUCCCCCCCGAGGCCAAAAUAUGAUGCCCCUCUCCAAAGGCCCACGAUAUCAGUUCCAACCCCAGCCCGUUCUACCUGAACCUAUGCCUUUUACAGAUUCCUCCGAAGCCGAUACCUAUCCUAACGCUCCUGAACGUGACGAUGAUCCCUAUCCUUAUCAAGAGAGAGAACCACAGUCUAGCAAAGGCUUUAGCCCACCACGUGGGUUCCAGGCCGAGGCUUUCAAUCCCGGCUACCAACCCACUGGCUUUAAGGACGAAGCUCCCGGGCAUUAUUCGCUGGAUCCACCACCACCAACAUCCACGAAUGCCAAAAGAAAGCAUUUCAACAUCCACCGUCACAACCAAAAGCCGAAACACGUUUCCUACAACGUCAAGAACCAAUUCCAAGGUGGCGGAUAUGAGGAGUCCAGUCCCUUGCCAGCAGUGCCCAGCUCUCUCAUUGGUCACAGGCCCGAUAUGAAUAAACAAGCUCUGGUGACCGAGGCCCCCGAAAGUGCACUUCGAUGGGUGGAUUCCAAGUUCAUUCACAAUCAACACGGCACCUUCACCAAUCAGGUUCUCACCGAAUUCGUCCCAUUAGAAAACUGGCAGAGCUACCACCAGGCCUUCUCGUCAUUGGUGAACUCCAACGUGGACUCCAAUGUGGACUCGAAACUUCCAAUCAAAAAGGACCCGACGACAUUUGCAUCGCCACCGCCACAAUCCACAGGUUUUGAGGAUCGAUAUCACCAAAACCAUCAAAAUUUGAACCAAUACGAAGCGCCACCAGCAUUCGCCUCAUCUCCUCCAACGCCAUCCAGUGGUAGCAACUUUCCUCGUCGAAAGUUCAAUCAGCCAUCACCCAAACCCGAUCACAUGCCUUACCCGGAUCCAUCGGUCCACUUUAAUCCGAGCCCUUACUAUGAUCGCCAACAAACAGAUCAUCGUUAUCAGCCGACUCCUCCAUCCACGAGUGCACCUCCAGCAAUGGCAUAUCCAGAAUUCGAUUACUACGGUGACACCCCGGAACCACAAGGCGGUCAGAAAGCGCCGGAAGUGGCCGAUUAUUCUGAUUAUGGGCCAGGUCUGGGCCCCAAUCUCCUCCAAAGUCCCCCCACGACUCCUCAGCCUCAAACUCCGGCAGAAUAUGACGAUGGGGAUCCGCUGAACGAUUUUGAUUGGGACUGGUUGAAACCCGGAUACGUCGAGGAAGAGGUGUCAUUGGAGCCGGAAUUCCGGGGCAGCAAGAAGAACGAUGGCACCCUCGUGAGUGAUCGACGAUCUCAAAUCCAGUCCUACCGACCUCAUCACAGAAGGCGAUAUCCCCAGACGCCCCGCCGACAGGCGGUUUCGGCUCGAAUUAUGCCGCCAGGAGCCUUAGGCAGUUACUCGGAGUUCGAGAACCCCAGAUUCUGGGACUAGUCCCAAAGCCAGUCACAACCUUCCACGGAAGACUGUGGAACCGAAUCUCACAUAUAUUAUACAGCCAGCCAUAUCAUCAUCAUAUAUAGGAACAUAUUAUGUUUGCAAGGAAAUAAUACACUCAAUAAAUUUGACCUCAUGCUGACAUGCCGACGCAUUGGACCGGCUCGGAGCGGUCAUUGAACAUCGCCUGUCUUGGAUGUGACACCCUAGGGCAAAACAAGGAUGAUCGUGUUUUCGCACCCUCAUUCAGCCUUAGUACGUAGCCCUCAAUCGUACUAGCAAUGUGCGUGAAAAUGGAUUGUUCGUGAGGUCGACACAAUAACAAAAGUGCAACAAAUACCAGCAUAAUUUCUAGUUAUUUAUUCAAUCCAAACCAAAUUGACUAUGGAUUUUAGUGUAUUCAUUCGUAUGAAGAGGAUGGAAUCUCUUCACAUGUUCACAUACCACUCGAGAAUUAAAGCGGUUGAAUCAGAUUUCACCCGAGUAAAAUAAUCGUUCAUUCCUUGGCCAAAUCCCACACAGGCAUCUCCAGUCGGUUUCCAGUUCGUGUGAAUAUUUUCCAAAAUGUAUUGUGGACUUCUGGUGCUAAUCUCAACGACGAAGAAAGGUCGAAAACUCGAGGUGGGCAAGGGAAACAGCUUGACAGUUGGGGAGAGUAUGUAUUUGUAGCUUGUUGCCAUUGUGCAAACGUCAUGAGUUGAGUGAAAAAGGUGUGAUCAUCAUCA